AUUUAAGCCAACUACCUAGGGCUGGCCGCAGCUAAUUCCUGCAUGUUCCUGUAUUCUGCAAGAUCGCUGCUUAUCAAUCGCCCUAUGGCUGCCUGUCACAAGAAAUCGCAUGCGUCCAAUGACCUUCUCACUCGGCCGUAUGUGCUUACCUGCCGUGAUCCGAGUGGGCGCCGAGACUUCCGGUAGGAGCCAUCACGAGCCAGCCUCGAUGUUGUACAUACAGUCGGCGAUGUGAGCACUGAGUACUGCGGACCGACGGACUAACACUAAAAAAAUAGGCGGACAGCCGAAGGACAUGCUGGACUCGUCGGACAGGGGGAUGGUUAGACCCUUAGGAUCGCCAGCUGGACCCUGUCUUUUUUAUUUUAAUCUGCCGGUACCCAGAGAAUCCAUCCAGAAAGCUUAUUAUUAUAUGAGGCGGAAAGCAGCAUCGCCUACGAUCCGCAUUGUUUAUUUUCUCUCCCUUUCUUGCUUUUGCUCCUUCUUUGUCAGCACCCGAAAGAAGCAUUCACUCCAUUCUCCUGGCUAACACCAACAACAUGAUAUGACGCAUAAGCCCAUCGUUUAUCCCUAACUAUCCAUAGACUCAUAGGCCCUUCCUACCUGUGCUACCUCUCCCUGUCUCUUCUCCCACAGCCGUAGAUCCCCAACUAUGCCCUGGGCCACGAAUCCUCUCUUCAAACCGCCGACGGUCGAGGCUACGGCUGAUGUUGAAGCCGCCGCCGCUAAUUCUGAUCCUAAUCCUGAGCAGGCUCUCGAGCCUAGUUCUAGCGCGCGACAUGAGAUUCCAAGCAGUGAUGAUGGCUUCAAGGAGCCGACAGAAAAGUUCACCGCUCACCAAAUCUUCUAUAUUUUCAUCCUUGAUGGAAUAGGUGCCAUGAUCCUGUCCGGCGGAAUCAACUUCGCUAUUGCAUAUGCUAUGUACGCGACCCAGGAUAUCGCAACACGACCCAUUAGAUUAUGGCUGUUCCCCAACACCCUUGCCGGAGAUGCGGCUGUCACUAUCAUUGUACAGUGCCUCAUCACAUGGCACAUAGAACUCUUCCUCGUCAAUCGGGAUCUGAGGAAAGGCGGAGUGCAUCCUAUCGGUUUCAUCCCAGAGCCCAAGAACCGACUUGUACGCUGGUUCAUGUUUCUCGAUCGGCCUGAGCAGACGCACGAGGUCAGGAGCAUCGUGCAUUGGCUAGGUUUCCUCCGCUCUCAGAUCCUGCGAUCUCUGAUUAUGGCCGUCGUCUUUUUCCCUAUCAUCUGGGGACCCAGCAUCGGCUUCCUCGUCUUGUCGGGCAGGUGGCAAGGGGACGACUGGUACUACGACAGAGUGUGGGCACCGCAGGUUUUCAAGCUCAUUCAGGGAGCCGUGCUGGGACUGCUGACCACACCGCCCAUGGUGAUAUUUUGGCUUACGAGAUGUGGAUGGGCGUUAAAGAAUAAUGAGGAACAGUAUGGCGAUCGGUAGCCAUUCGGGAACGCGUGCGAGUAAGACUUUAGAAAUAUAGAUAUACUAAUAAUUCAUUAUGGGAUUCACGAUUCAGGGACAUUA